CGCGCGCGCUCGCAUAAACACACAGCGACGCACACGCCGACAGACACGUACGCGUACGGCGCGCAACUCUGGCACGCUGUCGAUCGUAAGACUUCGUCACACUACACCUCGCCUCGCCGACACUGUUUGCGCGACGUAGGCCGCACGUCGCUCCGAAACCGAGAACCCGGAAAGCAGCCAGUCGCACGGGACACGAGCGGCUACAGCUGUAGUUCUAUAGAAGUGACCACGGUACAUUCAGAUCAGAAGUGAAGAUUUGACUCCCGCAUCUCACGCGUGCCGUGUCUUCUUCGCGGAAGCAUACAUUCAGCCGAACGUCGGCCAUCGACGCCUCUAGAAGUUUGCAAAGACAACGAAACUUGACCGACGUCUAACAAGAUGUCAGCCUCGACGCCCACGUGCGUCGCCGCCGUCGUCGUCGUCGCCGCCGUGACUCUUUUAACGUGCGUCGGCGACGUCGCGGCGCAGCGGGAGAGCAAGCUCGCAUGCAUGCCGUCGUCGGUGGCGCAGGGCGUCGCAAGGACGUCGGGAGACAACGAAUUCCGGAUCCGCUUCCACGGCAAUCCUUCCCCGGGAACCUACACCCCGGUGCAGCCACUGACAAUCGUUCUCACUGGGCCACGCACGCCGCAAGGGGCGCACCAAUUUACUGCGUUUGCUCUCGCAGCUACUUUCAAGAUGGCACCAAGUAAGGCAGCCGGACAAUUUCAGCUGCUAGAUGACAGCAACAGCAAACACUCGAAGCUCUGCCAAGAGGCAGUAGUUAACAGAAACAACAACGCUAAGACCGACGUCCGCGUAAUAUGGAAUCCACCACUAGAGGGCGGCGGCUGCGUCAUGUUCAGAGCGCUCGUUGCUGUGAACCACAAUGAGUAUUACGAGGACGAGGGUGGCCUCACCACCAUGCUGUGCGAGGAGGGGACGCCACCUCCUCCCGGCGAACAACCGAAUGCGGAGACCAACGGUAGGAGGCAGACUACGGGCACCGCGCACGGCGACGCAGCCAGCGAAGAAUGCUGUGCAUGCGACGAAGCCAAGUACGAAAUUACGUUCGAGGGAAUCUGGUCAAGAAACACGCAUCCGAAGGACUUUCCCGACAAUGAGUGGCUCAUUCACUGGUCUAACAUCAUUGGGGCGACCCACAGCAGUCAUUACACUAUGUGGGAGAUUGGCGGCUACGCCUCCGACGGCGCCAAGCAAAUAGCAGAAUUCGGAGUUACUAGCGAUCUGGAGGCCGAACUGAAAUCCGAGUCCAACAACAUCAGAACGAUCGUGAAGGCGCGCGGUCUCUGGUACCCAACGUUCGUCGGCAAGAGCUACGCCACGGCCCGCACGGACCGCCGCCACCAUCUCCUGUCCAUGCUUAGCAUGCUCGGCCCGAGCCCCGACUGGACGGUCGGGGUCAGUGCGCUUGACCUCUGCCUGCCCAACUGUUCGUGGGUGGAGAACAAAGUAGUGAAUCUACGCCCCAUCGACAUGGGGACGGACAGCGGCACCUCCUACAUGUCCGUCAACCAGCCGACGAUACCCCAGGAGCCGAUCUACGGCAUCACCAGCGCACACCCAAACAACCCAUCCUCUCCGUUCUGGAGCGAGAGUGGCGAGGAGAUCCCUCCGCUAGCAAAGCUAACCAUAGAGAGGAAGCGACUCUACGAGCGGCCGUGCGACGUCGUCUAUGUAUUCGAGGACGACGAUGACGAUGGCGACGACGGAGGAGUCGAUGUGGGCAUGAUGAAACCGAAGGGAACAUUGCCGCCUGUCUCCGACAAAUGCGCCGUAACUCCUUGGUCCGACUGGUCCUACUGUAGCGUCACUUGUGGGAAGGGAAUGGCAACUAGGCAGCGCGCAUACUACAAGCCUGACAUGGCCCGCGUCUGCAAUAAGGAACUCAUGGAGAAAACGGCGUGUAUGACGGACCUCAACUGUGAAAAUAUGCCGAGUCCGAAAUGCGCUGUGACCCACUGGUCGGACUGGACCCCAUGCAGCGCCACCUGUGGUCAGGCAAUGCAGGUUCGAGCCAGGCAGUACGAGGACGACGUUGGUGCCGGUAUGAUGGGAUGCGAGGUUAAUCUGCUGGAAAGACAGACGUGUAAUGAGGGUACGAGCUGCGAUGCAGACGCCUGCGCGACAACAGAGUGGACAGCUUGGUCUGAAUGCAGUGAGACGUGCGGAAAAGGCAUGAGCUUCCGUGGCCGUAUGUACGUGAACAAGGAGCUGGGGAUGAAGAUGUGCGAGGAGACGCUGAUGGAGAAGGAGCUGUGCAUGGGGGAAUUCCCAUCAUGCGACAUCGACCCGAUGAAGUGCAAGAUCACACAGUGGUCGUACUGGUCGCCGUGCAGUGUCACAUGCGGAGAAGGGGUUACGUUGAGGACCCGGACUUACUUCAACCCGGAGUUUGAGCAGAUGUGUGAGUUGGAGAUGAUGCAAAAGGAUGGAUGCGUAGCUGAUCAAGCCGCCUGCGUGAUGGAUCUCAGUCAGGCCGAUGAAGUCUGCAACAUGCCCCGGGAUCCGGGUCCCUGCCGUGGCUUUUUCGCCCGCUGGCACUACGACCCCGAGGAGAGGCGCUGCGGUCGCUUCUGGUACGGUGGUUGCCGUGGAAACUCGAACAACUUCGAGACGUACGAAGAAUGCCAGCAAAUGUGCGAAAUGACGCAGAAUGGUAACAGAGAGACCAGACCAGGCGAAUCUUCUAAUUCCCAACGUAGGAAAGUCACGUCAACUGCAGUACCAGCUGCUAUUAGACAGUCGACCAUUACGCCGCAACAGCCACUCGAAGAGGUAGACCAGGACUGCGUGUGGAUAUGGCUGGAAUGGUCGCCAUGUAGCGCCACCUGUGGGCGGGGAUCGAGAUCACGACAGAGAAUGAUCAAGUUGCAGGCGUCCGGCAACGGGCGGUCCUGCCCGACAAAGCUUGUACAGACUAGAAAAUGUCGUCAACAGCGUUGCCCGAUCGACUGCAAGAUGACGGAGUGGUCUGAAUGGUCUCGCUGCACCAAGUCCUGCGGACAGCACGGCAUCACGCGGCGCACGCGCACUGAGCUACGGCAACCCCGCCGCGGUGGCGCCGCCUGUGGCGCUAGCGUUGAAAGGAUAUACUGCAUGGAUAUGCCAGAGUGCCCCUAAUAUGUUUUUUACCUACCAGCGUUUCUCGGCUCUUCGGAAUAGUUGUUUUCAUACCUUCCGGUACAGAUGAUCCCACCUUUCCGUCUCUAUUGCCCCCAGGAGAGAGGGUGACCCAAACAGAACAACCAAGCAAAGGGAUGCGCCCACGCGAUCCGUAUAUAGGAGCCGGGUUAAUUCUUCGCGAUUUUAGUAAUUGUUUACAAAUUGAUCGUGAACUAAAUACGUGUAUUAGCCAGUUAUAGGCAUGUUUGUUGGUGCAUUCUAUUUAGAGUCUUGUAUCACUUCGUAUAUUUUAGUAGACAGUUGCUUUUAACAUACUGUCUACGUGCGUAUAGCGAUAGAGCGACCGAUCAUAACUGCGUGUGUAUCUCAGUAUAUUUUGACAGGCAUUAUUCUAUACAGGCGGCGUUGUAUGAAGUCGAACACGAAUUGUCUGGGAAGAUACAGAACUACAUUGUUUAUUUUUUUGCGCGACAAGUCAUAACUGAUGAAACAUAUUAUGUAGAAGUGUCAGUUUGGUUUGGCAAUAAAACGGUAUUGUAUACUAAAAUAAUA